AUGGCAGCAAUCCGAAAGAAGCUAGUUAUUGUUGGUGACGGUGCUUGUGGUAAGACAUGUCUGCUCAUUGUGUUCAGCAAAGACCAAUUCCCUGAAGUCUACGUGCCAACAGUUUUUGAGAAUUACGUCGCAGAUAUUGAAGUCGAUGGCAAGCAGGUGGAGCUAGCAUUGUGGGACACGGCUGGGCAGGAAGAUUACGACAGACUGCGGCCUUUAUCUUAUCCUGACACUGACGUGAUUCUCAUGUGCUUCUCCAUCGACAGUCCAGACAGCUUGGAGAAUAUUCCUGAGAAGUGGACUCCCGAGGUGCGGCAUUUUUGCCCCAAUGUUCCCAUCAUUCUUGUUGGAAAUAAGAAGGAUUUGCGGCAUGAUCAAGUCACCAUCCGGGACUUGCACAAAAUGAAGCAGGAACCGGUAAAAUUUGAGGAAGGGAAAAGCAUGGCAGAAAAAAUUGGAGCGUACGCCUACCUUGAGUGUUCUGCCAAAAGUAAAGAAGGUGUUCGAGAAGUAUUUGAAACAGCCACCCGUGCUGCAUUGUCAAUCAAGCGAAAAGUCCGGAAAUUUAAAUGUGCAGUGCUUUGA